GUUAUAUUCCACAGAGCACGGAAAUUGAUACCUGCUCUCAAUUCAUGUGCAUUCCUAUCUACAGAGGUCUCGUGCGUCAUGCUACCGCACGCGUGAUAUCUGCAAUAGGUAAAAUCGAACUGCCGGCCGGCACAUGGAAUGAACUACUUCAAUUUUUAUAUCAGUGCUGCCAGAGUCAAAUUGUGGGACAGCGCGAGGUGGGAAUAUUUGUUAUCUUCUCUUUGUUGGAAGUGACAGAUGUGUUUAUAGACAACCUCCAUCAACUUUUACAAAUGUUUGGUGCCGCGUUGAACGAUCCGGAAAGCAAAAAUGUGCGCGUUACCUCAUUAGAGGCACUAGGAAAAGUGGCGGAAUUCAUUGAACCAGAUAAUAAGGAAGAUAUUAAAAUGUAUCGGGACUUAAUUCCCUCUAUGAUCAACGUUCUUCAACAAUGCUUGAACGAUGGUGAUGUUGAGUCAGCUCUUAAAGGCUUUGAGUUAUUCGAUACCUUGCUUCUUUUGGAAACGCCGUUUCUGUCUAUUCACCUUCCACAACUUAUUGACUUUGUCUUGUCCGUGGCGCGUAACACUAAAUAUGAUAAAUCAAUUCGUGUGAUGGCACUACAAUUUGUCAUAUGGGUUGCCGCGUAUAAAAAAGCGAAAAUCCAAAAGUUGAAACUUGUCGGUCCCAUUAUCCAACAGUUAAUGCCAAUUGGCACAGAGGAUGAUCCCGAUGAUGUGGACGAUGAAUCACCUUCAAAGAUGACUUUCAGGGUGAUAAAUUCUCUGUCAACCAAGUUACCCCCGCAACAAAUCUUUCCGGUAGUCAUGGAAUAUGUUACCGCGUACGUUCAGAAUCCUGACCCAAGAUACAGGAAAGCUGGAAUUAUGGCUUUUGCAGUCUUGAUUGAAGGAUGUGCUGAUUUCAUGCGUUCGAGGUUUGACAAUUUGCUUCCUCUCGUCUGUAAUGGACUACACGACCCCGAGGUUAUUGUACGUAAGGGUGCAUGCAUCGCCCUGUGUUGCUUGGCAGAGGAACUUGAACAAGAGAUUGCUGCAAAACACGCCGUGUUAUUACCUUUGAUCUUCGAAUUGAUAAAUGACUCAAACGUAGAGAUACAAAAACAAGCUUGCAAUGCUCUUGACGCCAUCUUAGAAGGAUUAGGCGACGAGAUUCUCCAAUAUCUGCCUAUAUUAAUGGAGAAACUACUUGUGCUAUUGGACAACAGUGCACACGAAGUGAAAGCCACAGUCGUGUCGGCUAUUGGAAGUGCUGCACAUGCAUCCGGAGAGGAGUUUAGACCUUAUUUUCCUCAUGUAAUCAGCAGACUGCAAUUGUUGAUGUCGCAGAAUAAAACAAAUGACGAUUUCCUCUUACGAGGAAUAGCCACAGACACAGUUGGUGCGGUGGCCGAAUCUGUAGGAAAGGAAGUAAUACAGCCAUAUGCUAACGAAAUAAUGCGGUUAGCAAUUGAGGGCAGCCAGAUGGAUUCUGCAAGACUUCGCGAAUGCAGUUACUGCUUAUUUGCCGUUUUUUCCCGCGUAUUCAAGGAUGAGUUUUCUCCUUACCUAACUACCAUUAUGCCACAGCUGAUAAAAAGUUGCCAAAUGGAAGAGCAAGAUUUGUUCGAUGCCGAGGUUAAUUCUGCGAUUGCCGAUGAAAAAGAAAUAGCGGCUGAUGUGAUCGGCGAAAUCUUUGAAAACAUUCGAUCGCAUUUCCUUCCUUAUGUAGAUACCACUCUCCAGGAGUUGAUAAAAUUAUCAGAUCACCAUUCGGAUGGAGUGCGAAAGUCGGUGAUCGGAUCAUUAUUUCAGUUCCUGGUCACAUUCUACAACAUGUCAAAUCCAGUUCAAUGGCAGCCAGGAUUACCUUUGAAAGUUCCUGUUCACGAAAAUGUGAUCAACAUGGCGAAAGCCGUUAUUCCCACAAUUUUAACUGCCUGGGAAGAUGAAAGAAGCAAAAUUCUUGUUCACGUUUCCGUUUUUGUUGCUUUUACCUUGCUUAACAAUGUCUUCAAAUUUAUGAUAAGGAUGGUGGUGGUUCGAGUUUGCGCAGAAUUUGCCGAAGCUAUAAAGACCUGUGGUCCUCUCGUAGUUGCCGACCAUUUGAAACAGAUUUGCGACAACGUAUUAUUGCUUUACCAGAAAAAAGCCGCUUGUCAGGAGGACGAUGCCGAUGAAGAUGGAUUUUUGGACGAGGAUGACGAGGCCGAAUAUGAUGAACUUCUAAUAAGCAGUGCGUCAGACUUGGUUUCUGCGUUAGCAUCCGCGAUGGGUCCCGACUUUGUGCCUUUCUUCAAGGAAUACAUUCAGUAUAUUACCAAAUAUUAUAAAAAGACGAGGUCAAUCUCUGAUAGAUCAAUGGCUAUCGGAUGUUUGGGUGAAUCCACUGUUGGGUUGAAAUCCGGCAUAACAGAAUUUACUCAACAAUUAUUGCCUAUAUACCUGAAAGCCUUGGAAGAUGAAGAGGAAGAGGUCAGAAGUAAUGCUGCUUAUGCGGUUGGUCUUCUUUGCCAGUACACGAAUGUAGACAUUAGCGGACAAUAUUCCUCGAUACUUUCGCGGCUAAGUCUGUUGUUCACUAAUCAAUCUUCAACAAACGUGACAGAUAAUGCGUGUGGCGCAGUGUGUAGAAUGAUCAUGGCAUGUCCACAUGUAGUGCCCGUAGAUCAGGUACUUGAGGCUGUGCUACGCGUACUGCCUUUAAAGAAGGAUCACGAAGAAAACGAACCAGUAUUUCAGUGCAUCUUUAUGCUUUUCCGCGCAAACAAUUCAUUUGUGUUCAACCAUAUUCCCGAGUUGUUAAAUAUCUUUGCUCAGGUACUCUCUCCCCCCGAAGAUCAACUAAAGGAACAAACCCGACAAGAGUUAAUAGAACUCAUUAAAGCUCUUAACCAGCAAUUCCCCGAUGUGGUUGCAAGAUCAUCGCUAGGGGCGUUUCUACAAGCAUAA